AUGACAGCUUAUAAGGCUCUUACUCAGUUCUCUUGUGAUGAAAUCGGGUUCAAAUACAACGACAAUAUAAUGCAUAACCCCUACUUCCGGCAAACAGUUCUGGGGUGCAAAGUGCUGCAAGUUCUUCAGGAUUUAUACAGGUUCAACCUCACCUACGUACUAGUAUCAUCCACCCACAACUCCAGCCAGACCGGCGAUCACUUCUACCAGUCUCUGAUACCUCCUGUAGGCGACGUGGAUGUGUACGUGAAACCCCUCUCCAUCAGCAAGUACAUCCUGGAGACAGCCUUCCCAAUACAACCUAUAUUCAAUUGGAGGGUCGGUUUCAUACUCCGUGACGACUACAACUACGACAUCCAACGUUUCUAUACCCUGCCGUUCACGCGUGUGGUCUGGUGCUGCAUAGUCCUCAUGGUGGUUGUUGGCUCCUCCGUGUUCUACGUGCUGAGCUGGUGGGAGAGACGGUUGCUAGGCAACGGGGAGUGCAGCUUCGUAUACGAGAUCUUCAUUGCCGUGUCCGCUGUUUGUCAGCAUAUUCUGCCGUUUCAAGCCAAUCUCUCAUCUCGUCGUAUUGCUUACCUCUAUUUCAUACUAGGGACUUACAUAAUACACUGUUUCUAUACAUCCAACCUUCUCUCUCGUUUGGUGAGUGACAGGGACGGACUGAUGGACCUAGAAGAGUUGGCUGAUAGCGAUUACGAAAUAGCUGUGUUAAAGGAUAUGAAUUUAUCCGCACAACAUAAGCUAACGAAAAGCCCCAUGGACAAGAAUCUCAGCAUAAUUUUCAAGAAGAUUCAACACACCAAGCAUAUGGACGUCAAACCUGCUUUAGACGCUGUGAUGUAUAAGAGGACGGCUCUGGUAACAGACUUCGUGACUGUGUACCCACUGUUCAAAAAAUAUUAUUCGACGCAUGAAAUCUGUGAUUUGAUAGAGAUCGAUAUUUAUUCUAAUAUCCAGCACUACUUAGUCACGUCAAAGACGUUUAAGUUGAAAGAAGAAUUCAGGAUUGGAGUCCUCCGUCUGCGAGAGAAUGGUAUGCUCCAAGUUAUGUCAACACCACCAACUAUACCGUUCGCUUGUCACGAAGAGAACAUUAACAGGCGAGCAGAGCUGGAGCAAAUGGGUGGCCCUGUGGUACUCCUACUGGCAUCAUUUAUACUGGCAUUUGCCAUUCUCGCACUGGAGAAGAUACACUAUGAGAGGAACAAAGUGUUCCCUUAUGUCAAUUAG